CACAUUAACCUUGACGUAAUUGACAACUGGUUAUGUUAUUGAUCAACGUAGGGUUAACAAGUGAUUUUUCCUAAAUACAGUGUGAUUAAAGUUGUAGCUAUGUUGACAUACUCCAGAGUUUUAAUUUUAUCGGUUUCGAAACAAGCUCGCACUGUCCGUUUGUUAGCUUCGAUUAUCUGUAUGAGAAGGGCCUAUGCAUCAGAGGCUACAAGUACAUCAGAGACUGUAAGUAAAAAACUAGGACCGAGUAACACCUCUCAUUCACACAAAACUGACACUUUUGAUAUAGGACCAAUCAAGUUUUCGACAAGUAAAGCAAGUCCCAAGGUGUGGACUGUGGACAAAUCCUUUGGAAGUCAUUACCAAAGACCUUGGUGGAAGGUCCUUCCUGUCAGCCUCCUUGGAAUUGGUUUCCUGAUAUGGUGUUUUGUUCGAGAAGAGACUGAAAUAGAUGAGAAAUUUGAUAAAACUUUAUUGGAAAACGUACCUGAUUUUAAGUCUUUAGCACAGGAUUCGGAACAUCAAGUACAGCACACAGAUAAAAACAAAAAGACUUAAUGCAAUGUCAAAUUCUGUUCUUAUAGAAGUGCACUGCUUUGAAUAGCAUUUAUUUAUUUAUGCUCUGAUUCCAAGACUCGGAAUUUUCAAACUGCUGCUGAAAAAUGUACAUAUUUAAGGUGGUUCAUGUAUGCAAAAUUUUCUCAAUGUGAGUUGAGUGAAAAUACUGUUCAAACAUAAAGAUCUUUUUUCCUGA